UUCAAAGACUUUAACGGAAAUCUCAAUAAAGAUAAUGAAGACUCGGACGCAUCCAACUAUAUUCGGGAUCAAUCUAUUUGCUUAAAAUCAGAUCAACCCAAAGAAUUCAAACCCAAUAUUUCGAUGCCUGAAGUGUACGAAGAGCUCAAGUUUGAUAACCCGGACGGAGGCGUUUGGAAACAAGGAUGGGAUCUUAUUGUCAACGAUAGCAUGUUUUCUAGAAACGAAAAACUCAAAGUGUUUGUCGUAACUCAUAGUCACAAUGACCCUGGUUGGAUCAAAACAUUUGACAGAUACUUUAGGGAACAGACAAAAAACAUUUUAGAUAAUAUUGUCAACAAAUUGAGUGACGACCCGAGUUUGAGGUUCAUUUGGGCCGAAACUAGUUAUCUGAGCGCGUGGUGGGAGACCGUCAAAGACCACAAAAUGAAGGUCAAAAUGAGACGUUUAGUAGAAUCGGGUCGACUCGAGAUUGUGACCGGCGGUUGGGUUAUGAACGACGAGGCGAACGUUCACUACUCAGCGAUGAUUACACAAUUAGUUGAGGGACACGAAUGGCUUAUGGAUCACUUGGGAGUGAAGCCCAAAUACGGCUGGGCUAUCGACCCGUUCGGUCUCUCGCCUACAAUGGCGUACGUUUUGAAGGGAAUGGGAUUCGAAGGAAUGGUCAUUCAAAGAGUGCAUUACGCUAUUAAAAAGCGUUUGGCGUCAAAACACGAAUUGGAGUUUCGUUGGCGCCAGUAUUGGGAGCACAAAGUGGACAACGAUAUAGUCUGUCAUAUCGAGCCCUUCUAUUCAUACGAUGUCCCGCACACGUGUGGACCCGACCCUAAAGUUUGCUGUCAAUUUGAUUUCAAGCGUUUGCCGCCAUCGAGAGUGAAGUGUCCGUGGAAAGCACCUCCGCAUAAAAUUACCGACUCUAAUGUUCACGAAAGAUCUCAACUACUUUUGGAUCAAUACAGGAAGAAGUCUAUUCUUUUUAAGACUAAAUCUCUUUUAGUGCCUUUAGGCGAUGAUUUCCGUUUUGAUAAAUUAGAGGAAUGGGACGCACAGACCAGCAAUUAUCAGAAACUUUUUGAUUACAUGAACUCAAAAUCUGAUUGGAAUGUUGAGAUCAAAUUCGCGACAUUAGGCGAAUAUUUCAAAUCAUUCAAGUCUACGAAUGUAUUUCCCACCCUUUCCGGAGACUUCUUCACGUAUUGUGAUCGCGACGACCACUACUGGAGUGGUUUCUAUACCUCUAAACCUUUCUUUAAACGCUUUGAACGCAUAUUGGAAUCGCAUUUGAGAAGUACUGAAAUUAUAUACUCAUUGGCGUCGAUACUAAACCCACACACUUUGGACCGUUUGGAUGCAUUGAUGCCACUGUUUGUGUACGCGCGGCAGAAUUUAGCGCUUUUCCAACACCACGACGGUAUCACUGGAACCGCUAAAGACAUUGUUGUCAAUGAUUACGCCAAUAGAAUGUAUAAAUCACUGGAGAAUUUAGAAAAGAUUAGUUCCCAGUCUAUUAUGAAUUUAUUGCACUACGAAAACAAUGAUUCAAAUCAACUAAAAUUAGUGGAAAAACUACCAAAUUCUUUCUCAACGCCCACUAAGAGUGUGUUUACUAUUGACGACAACAAUCAGAACUGGUAUUUUGUAAUUUAUAAUUCAUUGGGAUUCUCGUCCUAUGAAUUAGUUUGCAUUCAUUUGAAGACAAAUGUCAACAAUUGGUGUAUUAAAGAUAAUGACGGCAUUCAAGUGGAAGACAUUCAGAUUAAUAGGGUUUGGUUUAUGGAUAAACUGUUGACCGAUAAAUUUGAAGCCUGUUUUGUGGUACAUAUGAAGCCUUUAAGUUUAGCCGAAUAUAGUGUCGGAGUUUGCGAUGACAGGAAAGGCGUCCGAAAGAAAAGUUCGGUCACUUUAUAUAAUUUUGACGAAACAUUCGAUAACAUGACAGAGGGUUUGGUAUCCAUUGAGGAAACGCCCACUGAAUUAGAGAUAGAGAAUGAAGAGAUUGCACUUACAUUCAGUGGUGCGGACGGAAUGCUCCGCAAAAUGUCGAUUCGCGACAUCACUAUAAACCUGAGGAUGAAAUUUAUGACUUAUGGCACUAGAAGUGGCAAAAAAGUACAAAAGAGUGGCGCAUAUAUAUUCCUACCCGACAAUGAAAACGCUCAGGACUUGGUUUACAGUAAUUGUAAGAUCAGAAUCACUAACGGAAACAUUUUGACCACUUUUGAGACAAUUAUCGAUAAACCGAUUCCUAUUCGACACCAAAUCUCAAUAAUUAAAGGCAAACGAUAUAUAGAAAUGGAAAACGAGUUCUUGUUAUCAAAGGGUGUUUUUGGUAACAAAGAGCUUAUGAUUAGGUUUUACAGCGAAAUUCAAAAUAACGACAUCUUCUACACAGAUCUGAAUGGCUUUCAAAUGAUUCAAAGGAAACGAUUUGAUAAAAUACCACUUCAGGGCAAUAUAUACCCCAUGUCUACCACUGUUUACAUUGAAGACAUGAAACAGAGGUUAAGUGUACUAUCGGGACAACCAUUGGGUGCGACGAGUCCGCGCUCGGGUUGGGUCGACAUCUUUCUGGACCGACGCCUCCUUCAAGACGACCAAAGAGGUCUCAAUCAGGGAGUCGUCGACAAUAGAAAGACGAAAGAGAUAUUCAAGAUUUUGUUAGAAAGUGUGCCAUCAGUGCCAACAGCGCCGACACAACCACUCAAACCUACACUCGAAGCACAAGUCGAGUUACAGAAGCUUUUGUCGCCACCGAUACUAAUGUUCAGCACAAAGAAGAGCACUAUUAGUGAGAUCUACUUUUUGCACAAUCCAUUGCCCUGUAAUAUACAUCUGUUGAAUCUGAGGCGUUCGUCCCGACCCAACACAUACACACUAUAUCUGCACCGAUGGGGUGUCCGCUGUGACGCCAAGUGCGCCAAUAAUUCUAGUGUCCAAUUGACUCAACUCUUUUCGCCCAUAAUUACUAAAUCAUUGGAUCCAUUGAUGAGUCGAAUGAGUUUAUCAUCGCUUCACGAGAAGGAAACUGAUCUCUCGGUUGACUCUAAACUAAAUGUCGAAGAAAUGGAGAUAAAUGUCUAUCGAUUGAGAACACGAGGCGUUUGAGUCGUUAAACUAGUCUUUAAAAUGCCAUUAAAUCUAAAAAUUAAUCUAAAAAUUCCUGUGAUAUAAGACUUAGUUUUUUAUCAGUAUUUUAUUGAUUUGUUUAAAUAUUUUCAAAUUUUAACACAAAUUGCAUACAUUUUACCAUUAAAGUCAAUGUAUGGUACAAAACGGUACAUAACUUGUAUGUAAUUAAAUAUUAUUUCAUUCAA